UGGGGAAACACCUGCUGACCUUGGUCAGGUUUUCAAGAACCACAUGAGUGAAAUGUUCGCAUACCAUGCAACAAUGAUGUCAAAUACUCUUGGAACAUCAAUAGUGGUUUUCACCAGGACAGGAUUUAUGGCUAUCCUGCUUAGUCACUACCGUCCCUCUGGCACUAUUUUUGCUUUUACAGAUGACGAGAGAGUGAGACAACGAUUGGCUUUGUACCAAGGUGUAUCUCCAGUUCUAAUGGAAUUUUUUGAUGAUGCUGAGAAGACGUUUGGUGAUGCUUUGUCUUAUUUGCUGAAACAUGGUAUGGUUAAGGACGGCGAGGAGGUUGCACUAGUUCAAAGCGGCAAACAACCAAUCUGGAGAUCACAAUCCACACACAACAUUCAGGUAAGGAAGGUUUGA